UUUAAGAAUAUCAUUCCUGGUGUUUCUGGUUAAAAUAUCGUCGGCAAAAUCAUGCAAGGAAAGACUUCAUCAGGUGGAAAAUCUUCUGGAAAGCCUCAUGUUGAGAAUGGAAGACAAGAACGGAGCUAAAGACAAAGCAGGAAGCAGAAUAGAGAGACUUUUUGAAGCGCGAUUUAAAAAAGAAAAUCAAGACUUAAAAAGAAAAGUUCUACAACUAGAAGAAAAUCUACAUAACUCUAACGCACAAAUGGACAAUGUGAAGACUAUAAUAUUGGAACUACUGUCUACGAACCGGGAACUAAAUGCGAGAAUAACAGCUUUGGAAAACAGUCAUGACAGAUAUGAGAAGAAGAAGAAUAUAAAUACUAUGUUUGGCGGGAGUAUAAAGAAAUCUACGAGUGCAACAGCUUUAUCGAAAGAGAAUUCCGAUGAAUUCUCUUCGUCAAGUUCCAUAACGAAGGGCCAAAUAUUCCUCGAAGCACAACAAAAUUUUACCAUGACUGAGACCAAAAAUCAACCAACCAUUCUCAAGUCAAAUCCAUUUCAGAACAAGACAUUUAAGGAGAAACGUCUUUUGACGGGUGUACACACAACAAAGCCUCCAUUUGCAGAUGGUGUAGCAUUUUCUGCCUUUGUUUCUGCAUUGGAAACAGAUAUUUCAAAAGACCACACCAUUAAAUUCGAUAGCAUAGUGACAAACAUCGGCAACCAUUAUAAUCCACAUUCCGGAAUAUUCACUGCUCCGCAGCAUGGUGCAUAUGUAUUUACUUGGAACAUUUACUGCAACCAUGAUAACUAUAUUUAUUCCCAGGUUGUUGUCAACUCUAAUGCUGUUGCAGCCAUAUAUACAUCCGGCAAAGGAGCAACAAAUGUGAGAACUACAACAGGAGUGGUGGUGGUAGAGGUCAAUCAGGGAGACGUGGUGUUUGUCCGAACUCAUCCUACUCAAGCGCAUAGUGGAAAUCUCUAUAGUGGUUCCAGUUGGAGAUCGUCUUUCAAUGGAUGGAAGAUAUACUAAAUUAAAAAUUUCUUGAAAACCUGGGAUUUGAAA